GACUUAGCCACUGAGACAAUGCUUGUGUUUGUGCAACGACUGGCUCUCUGAGUUUGCUCUCGCUUGGCGACCACUGAUGCAUGCAUGGUUGAAGAGAGAGGAAAGUGGACAGCUUGAUCCAGGCGUGGGAUGCAUCGACAUAGGCAGCCACGGAGAGUUUGCCGUGUGGUGUGAGGUUGGGCAAAACGCACGGGGGCUGGCCUUGAAAAUACCAACCCAACAUUGCUGGGUUUUGCCAGAGCUGAGGGACAAAAAAGGCAUCCACGCCUGCAGAACCGCUAGGAGGAAAAAGAGGAGUCCAACUGGUGACACAAUCAAAGACCCAGUGAUCUGCAUUAGUAUAGUGAGCUGACCAUUUGGAGUUCAGUAGCAAAUUUUGGACGAGAAGGACAGAGGGAGGAGGAGGCAGUAGGUGGUGGACAACGAAAGGAGCUGGGGCCGUAGAGCCCAAACACGAACAAGAUGACGGAGAAAAAAAUAAGUCUCCCUGCUAAGCUGAUUAAUGGGGGCGUGGCGGGCCUGGUUGGUGUGACAUGUGUAUUUCCUAUUGAUCUGGCCAAAACACGCCUACAGAACCAGCAGGGUGCCCAAGUAUACAAAGGAAUGUGGGAUUGUCUGGCUAAGACAGUACGCUCAGAAGGCUAUUUUGGAUGCUACAGAGGUGCAGCAGUCAACCUCACGCUUGUCACUCCGGAAAAAGCCAUCAAACUGGCAGCUAACGAUGCCUUCAGACAAAAGCUCUCCAGAGAUGGCCAUUUGCCCCUCUGGGGGGAAGUUCUGGCUGGAUGUGGCGCAGGAACAUGCCAGGUAGUGGUUACUACUCCAAUGGAAAUGCUCAAAAUCCAACUCCAAGAUGCAGGGAGGCUGGCUGCCCAGAGGAAAGUCCCGACUGCAGCUCAGGCCACCACUCCUGGUCCAGCUCCAUCAUUAGUGGCACCGCAGCCGUCCCGAACCAGUCCUCCCACGAGAACGUCUGCCACCAGCAUCACAGUGGAGCUGCUGAGGACCCGAGGCCUUGCUGGUCUGUACAGGGGAGCAGGAGCAACCUUAAUGAGGGAUGUCCCUUUCUCAAUGAUCUACUUCCCCUUGUUUGCCAACCUCAACGCACUGGGAAGAGAAAAACAUAGAAGUCCAGGUGACGUACAAGCACGAGCCCCUUUCUGGCAGUCCUUUGUUGCGGGAUGUGCAGCAGGCUCAGUUGCAGCUGUGGCUGUCACACCCCUGGAUGUGAUAAAAACUCGACUGCAGACUUUGCAAAAAGGUGACGGGGAGGACUCCUACAGAGGAAUUAUUGACUGCACACGGCGCAUAAUGAAGCGAGAGGGACCAUCAGCAUUCCUCAAGGGGGCAGCAUGCCGAGCACUGGUGAUUGCGCCCCUUUUUGGCAUUGCUCAAGGUGUCUACUUCCUUGGGGUUGGAGAGGCGGUGCUAGGUUUGGUGGCAUAAAAUCAAUACGCACAUUUCAUUUGGCCGAGUCAUUCUGCCGUACAUGCAUGAAGUGGCUGGCGGUUUACAGAUCCAUAUUAUCUGGAUUCUCAACAUGGGUCCAUUUGGUCAAACAGGGUCCUGCCCCAUUGUGUUUGAGUUUACAUCUGGAGCUAUUGUUAAAAUAAAGUUGCUGAAUGUUGUUUGGGCUGUUAACCAUUUUUUUGGUUGUUAAGUAAAAGACCUUCUCGCUCAAUCUUCCAUCAUACAGAUUAAAAGAUUGGCUCUUCUUUUAGCAAACCUGUUAUGCCUUUCUCUCACUCUAUGCGUGAGGUCUGAGUUGUAAUCUUGGAUUCCCUACUUGGAUUGGGAAGUGCUUCCUGUCAGUAGGUCAUUUGUUAAUCUGAUGGUAAUGAUUUAAUCCCUGUAUUAGCGUAAAAUAUACACACACAGUUCACUUCCGGCCUAAAUGCUACACACACCUGGGCCACAGUUCUUUAACCUUGCUUCCUUUUCCACAGGUCCAAAAGGUUUAAAACGAACUCAUUGGGAACAAAAGCUACUUCUGCCUCACAAAAUGGGAAAAUGUACGGAAAAUCUAAAAAAAGCCUUAUUAUUGUUGAUAGUCAAAAACAAACAAAUAGUUAUGAACUUUCUGUAAUUUGCGCUGUUUAGUGUUUUGGUCCUGUUUCAUAAAAAAAUGCACUAAAACAUUUUUAAAAUAUAUUUUGAAUGGAAAGCUGUAGGUAUGAUAGAAAUGCUGAACUUUUCAUUAUGUUUAUUAAACAUAGCCUGUGUAAACAAUUUGUUUACAUGUAAAUAAAGAUACAGACUUCUGUGUAACACUCAUUUGUUACUUUGGCUUUUGAAUGGUAAGUGCUCCCUAAUAAUAAUAAUAUACAUGUUUAGUGUAUUCCUUUUUAAAAAAAAAAACAAAAACAAAAAACAUGUCUUUGCUCUUAUACAGUUGUGAACCAACAACACUGUUUACUGUUCUUUAAAUCACACACAUUUGGCAAAUAAAGAUGUAAUUAAAGACAGUCCUUGGGCGACCUCGAAUACAAAAAAAAAAGCACUUCAGUAGGUGCGUGUGCUUGUUGUUUGUAGAAUUAUACAACACAAUGUUGGGAAAUCCUAUGCCACGUAUGUCCAUGCUGUGCCCUUCAAAUCCGCUGUUAAUCUGUAAAUUUACGGUUGGGGUUGGCGCCAAAUAAGGACACUCUGAUUUCAGGCAUCAUCUGUAAGGAAGACCAGCAAACAUGAGACACAUCAUGAGUCCAACAUUAAUUUGGGUUUAAAUAUGUCGAGCAUUAUAAUCAAAUGCCCCAUUUACCGGUAUGUUUUCAGACUUUUGCUCAUGAAAAAUACAAUACUGUUGUCUAGAUAUUUGUUAUUGUGCUUUCUUUCUUUCUUUUUUUUUUUUUUUAAACUUCCUAGCUGAAUUGUAUUCUUUAUUUAAUAAAAAAAACAAAACUUAAAUAAUCUUAUUUUAAUAUAGUAAGGCAAACUUGACUGACACGAAAUAAAUGUAAUAAUGUUAUGUAUAAUACUGGUCAAUGAUAUAUACGUAUAUAUGUGGAGGUCACUCCUCUGGAAAUGUGAGGAGUGCAGUGCCCUCUUCAGUCCAUAUGCAGUAAUAUCACUAGUGCGUUUUUUUCCCCUCCCCUUUCUAAUACUCAAACACAUGAGAUUUUCUUUACCUGUUGCGCUAGAAGUUCUAGUCUGUUCUCCAAAGUGUUAGAUACUUUUAUCUUGCCAUUGUCAUUAUACACCUCCACUCCUCCGCAGCUGUGAAGAUAAACAUUUGAGCAAAAGAAAGAAAAUAAGCAUCCAAUAAAUUACACAUUAAAGACUAAGAAAUGAAAGACAAUAAAUGAGAACUGUAACCAAAUAUUCUUACAUGCUCGAUGGUAGAAAGUGGUCCAUGUCGAUUUUGACAACAAUAUUUUUUUUGACAGCUUCUUUGUAGAUGGGGAUGUUCCUGUUAACUGCAGCCUAUCAACAAACCGCAAAGACAUUACGAAGCUUACUAAAAACAGCUUUGAUGCAACUUUUGCUAAUUCUUUCAUUCUUGACCUCACCUGAACCAUCUCUGAGUCCUGCUUUCGACAGCGAAUGACAACUUUGUCUUCCAGCAGUUGGUAGAAACCCUUACAUAUUAAAGGCAAAAAUAAAAAAGAUUCAUGUUGAACAAGCACAAGUGUGCUAUAGCACACUACAGGCUGAAGGCUGUGACAGAGCUGAAAAUGCCCUCUACUGGCUAACUCGUACCCUAAAGCAAGAAUACGUUUGCAAUUAAUUAAUCAGCCCGAUACAAAAAAAUAAAAUAAAAAAAUAGCUACCAAGUUUCAAGAUGAUUGAUUCACGAAUGAUGGAGGAGUAGGACUUCAGAGUUAGAGUGCACAAAAAGAAGAAAAACAACAACAAAUACUACUUGAGUGACGAUUUGAGAGGCUUUCAACCUGAAAUAUAAAAAUGUCAAUUGCUUAAACCUAUCUGCAGCCAUGCACCUACUUUUCAAAUGACCAACUCAAGUGAUCUACCUAUUAGUAAACAUGCUAUGGUCUGCUAAAAUCCUUCACAAUAAGAGAGCAGUGGUGUAUAUAUCUUUGUGUAAUCAGCAUCGUUUCAGCUACACAUAAGAUGUAUCAGUUGGUUUUCCUCUUUGUUUACCUGGAGGAUAAGCCCCUCCAGCAGUGUGGAGUACCUGCCAGGGUCCUGAGCAAUCGCAGCAAGUUUUUGUCGGGCUUCAAUCAACAAAUCCUAUGAUACGUGGGUUAGAAAAAAAGGUUGAAGAAAUUCAAAAGAACAUUUUGCAAUGGAAAUGUAUUCCAGAAAUUGCUUUUCCGUGCGAUGUGACAGCAUAUGUAAAUAUUUUGAAGAAACAGCAUAAAGGCCUACCGUGAUCAUGUCAUCACGGGCCUUCAGCACCUUCAGCCUGGCUUGGUUCAUCAAGUUGGACAUCUGGCUGUGGGCCGUGUGGAGAAAACAUCACAGAUUAAACAAGAGCACUCAUGGAACAGGAUGAGACCUCCACCACUCAUCAACGGUGAAAUCAAUGAUUGAGUCUCUAAUCCGAAAAAAGUGAGAGAUGGUCAAGUUUACCACAUAUUCAAAAUGUCACCAGGAAAAGAAGAAACAUUGUGAAUAUACUGAUUAGAUAUGACAGAAAUUUAUGAUGGUAAUGAUGUGAAAUUGGCAAGCGAGUUGAGAUCCACACGAAUCCAAGUUUGACAUGACAGUUUCUUGAUUUUUCUGGAAUUGAAAAAAUACUUACACAACUCAAACCCACAACGUCGAUACAGUACCGUAUAUCAAAAACUGUAG